AUGGGUAAUAACUAAUCUUAGAAGAACUAGACCAAAUCUAAAAAAAAGGACCCUCUUCUAUUUUUGUUUGGCAAUAACAAAAAGCAAAUGUAUUAUUUAAUAAAAUAUUUUAUAGUAUUUUCUCCAAGUUAUCAUUAAAAACAUUGUCUUUAUUGGCAAGCUUUUUGACUAUUUAAGAGUACCAUAACAUUUUAUUAACUUCAAAAGCAACAUACUAAUUAUUUAUUCAAACAUCAGGUUGUUUUCAAAUUGAAUGCCAUAGACUUUUAAAUGUUAAGGGAGAUCUAAUAAUAUCAUAAAAUUGGAAAAAAAUCAUUUAAAGCAUUGUAUUCAUUCCAAUUAGAGGAAUACCUUUUAGUAAUGCAAUAAAAAGUGUUCGUCAAUAAUUAAAGCAAAUUCCAAUAAUAAUAGAACAAAAAGUUAAUUAUAGUGGAUUUUAAAAAGCCAUUCUAUAUUUUUAAAACAAAUCGAAUCAAUAACUGUUUCCAUUUAACGAAUAUUAAGAAUCAAAAUAAUUUGCUAAUAAAAAUUAAGAAUUAGUUUUAAAGCUCAGAUAAGGAUUGGAAGUAUAUAUAUAAUUACCAUAAUUGCUUAUGUAAGUUUACAAUUUGCAUGAUUAUAUAAAAAUAUAUAGUCUUUAUUUAGAAAUUAAAUUUUAAAAAUGUAAUUUGCAAUAGUUUAUUGAACUUUGGCAUCAUUAUACAGGAUGGAUAAGCAUAUUGGAAUAAGAAACAAAAGGUAUUAUUGCUUAAUUUAAUAAUAUAAUUGAUACUACUUUCCCUUAAUAUAAUUUACCUAAUUAUACAGUUAGAUAAUUUAUGGUGAGUUAAUGGUUAAAAAAAUCAGAUAGAGGAGAAAUAAUAGUAAUGUUAAGAGAAGAAUUUAGAUUAAAAAUGAUUGAAAGUAGAAAUAAAAAUAUCAAAUUCCAAGAAUUAAGAGAUUAUGUUUAAUACUUAAUUGAUAUUAGUACAAAUUAAACAAAUAUUCAUUAAUAUGGAUAUUAUAAUUUUGAAUACUCUGAAGAAUUAAAUAAAUUAAUUCAUUUGGCAGUUGAUUUAAGUCCUUUGUUAACUGUUGAUUAUAAAACUGAUGAAAAUAUGCUUAUCUAUAUUUUUGGUUAAUACAUCUAUGAUUAUUAAUUAUUUGAAUUGUUAUCCACUUUUAGAAUUGAAUAAUUCAAAUAAUAAAUAAGAGAGCAUUAAUAAUCAAGUCAAAAAAUGAGUAAAAUUGUAGUUAAACAAUUUGAAGAUUAACCAUCACUCUCUAAUAAUAAUCUCUUUGAUAAUUAAAUAUAGGGAUUUAAUUAUCAUUUAUCUAUGUAAUAUAAUAUCUAAUUUAAAAUACGAUAAUUGUUUAAAUAAUUAUCUUAUUUAGAUGAUGAUAUUUGCUCAACUUUAGAAAAUAUUUAAGUUGAAAGUUUGGAGGCAUCAUAAACAUCUUUUGCAUCUACUAAUUGCAGUUCAUUUUUUUCAAGUAUAAAAAAUAAUGAUUAGUUAUAUCAUUAUGUCUAAUUUUAUUAAUAAGAAUUAUUCAAUAAAUUAGAAUUAUUUUAUCGAAGAGAACUUACAAUUAAUUAAUAUAAAUAAGAUGUUGAACAGAAAAAUGAAUAAAUAUUUGAUAUACCUGAAUUAGGACAGUAUCAUGAAUUGCAAUUUGCAUAAAUAUUAGAAUUAUUUAACAAUAAAUAGUAACGAUUAAAUGCAAUUCUGUAAUCUGAAAAACAAUUAACAAUGUCGAUUUUUAAUUAAUAAAUAAUUCAACAGUAAAUUUGCACAAAGGAACUCUCCUAAGCUGAAUAACUGUUGAUAAAUAUUCUUAAAUGA